GUGGUGCCUUCAUCUGCAGACAUGUUGCCUUUCAGAUACUUGUCUGUGUUCGCUCUUGUGGCCGUUGCUUGUGCUCAAGACUUUGACUAUGGUCCACCGACAAGGCCAGCGCCAUCUAGAGUACAACCAGGAUACUCAGGACCAUCCGCUGCUAAGCCCACACCAAUUGCAAUUUUAAAGCAAAUCAACAGGCACAACGAAGAUGGAUCCUACACGUACGGCUAUGAAAGCGGCGACGGCUCCUUCAAAAUCGAGACCAAAGAUCCCAACGGAGAAGUAAAAGGCAAAUACGGAUACGUAGAUGACACCGGAAAAGUUCGCGUUGUAGAAUACGGAGCCACCAAACAUGGUUUCCAACCAGCCGGUGAAGGCAUCACCGUCGCGCCACCAACAUUGGUCGACGAAACAACCAACAAGGAAGGCGCUCUUCUUCCAGAAUACUCCGGGGCUUACUACGACCAAGACCAACAAGAACCAGCUCCACGACCAAGACCCCAAUCCGUAUACCAACCGCAAUACGUCCAACCUCAGCAGUACGAGCAAGUACAACCCCAACGCCCGGCCCCACAACGCGCCUCACCAUCAAUCGAGCACAGUUUCGACUUCGGAAUUCCCUCCCGUUCCGCUCCUUCCAGAAGCUUCGCACCAGCCCCGCAGGCAAGCUACGCUCCGGCUCCUUCCAGAGGCUUCUCCCCAGCUCCACCAAGACCACAGAUCGCCAACGCCCAACCGGCCCCAAUCGAAGAAUACGAACCGGUUCAGGCUCCUCAACGGCCGAAAAUCACCUACGCUCAACCCGCUCCCUUGAGGGCUGAAGCUCCGCAAUCCUAUGCUCCAAGACCAGCCCAAUCUUACGCUCCAAGGCCGAGCCCGACGCAAGUUGGCCAAGUGGGUAGAGGCGGUAUCUUGGAUCAGUUGUCGAAAGACUAUGCUUUGCCCGCUGGUGGCGCCGCCCCUUUACAUGACAUCACUUUUGGGUACUAUUAAAUCACGGGGAAAUAGAUAUUUUAUUUAAAUUUUAAUUCGUUCCUUAAAUUGUAUAUUUUUAUAGCAAAUUCUCCCAAUUCUAAAUGUUUACAAGGUUGGAAUUCUUUUUCUAAUUUUUUAAAUCUUUGUGUGAUGAAUUUCGAGAAGUCAAC